GUGUGCAUGCUGAGCAGAGCUCUGUGUACAGGCGAUCUAUGGAGAGGAUGGAUCCCUGUAUGGGUGACAGGGCCACACAGCAAUCAGGGCCAGGAGCUCUCCUGUGAUCACACUGCCGAGAGCCUAUGGGAAGGAGAAGCACAAUGAAGCUUGGAUGAAAGGCUGCUGUGAUCAUCUUCAGCCCAGCUGACAGCAAACCCAGAUCCUGCACCAUCCAUCCCUGCGAUCUCCAUCCACCCCCCAUCACAUCCCUGCGAUCUCCAUCCACCCCCCAUCACAUCCCUGCGAUCUCCAUCCACCCCCCAUCACAUCCCUGCGAUCUCCAUCCACCCCCCAUCACAUCCCUGCGAUCUCCAUCCACCCCCAUCACAUCCCUGCGAUCUCCAUCCACCCCCAUCACAUCCCUGCGAUCUCCAUCCACCAACAAGACAUGACAGCUGGACCUCCACACCACUGAGCCUGCUGCAAUCACUGCAGCUGGAGGUUUUCAUUUAAGCAGUAAAAACCUGAAAUGAUGCUGGAAAUUUGACUUGCCCCUUUUAGAAGCUUUGUCGUCAGACCCAACCGAACCAUGGGGACUGUCCUCUCCAUAUCCCCAAGCUACCGCAAGGCGGGACUGUUUGAAGGCAGCUCAUCCAGCGUGGCUCAUUACACCGCCGUCCAGAAUAGCAAGAAUGGAAAAUCCCUCAAGAGACAUUCGUUCAUCUCUGUGUUGCCAUGGAAACGACUUGUGGCAGUCUCUUCGAAAAAGAGACAACCGAAAAAGAGUCAGACCAACAAUGGUUACCAGAACAACAUCACUCAUCUCAACAGCGAGAACCUUAAGAAGUCCCUCUCCUGUGCUAACCUAUCCAGCUUCACGAAGGACUCCAAAGAUUCUGUUACUAAGGAGCCAGUGUCUUCUGUCAGAAAGUCUUCUCAGCAGCAGCACGUGCACACUUCUCCGAAACGCGUGGUGGUGCAGGCUUCCACCAGUGAACUGCUGAAAUGUCUUGGAGAGUUUCUUUGCCGAAGGUGUUACAAGUUGAAGCAUCUUUCACCUACAGACCCUGUGCUAUGGCUGAGAAGUGUAGACCGAUCUCUACUACUCCAGGGGUGGCAGGACCAAGGCUUCAUCACCCCAGCCAAUGUGGUCUUCUUGUAUAUGCUUUGCCGAGAUGUCAUUUCUUCAGAGCUGACCAGUGAGCAAGAAUUACAGGCUUCCUUACUGACCUGUGUAUACCUGUCCUACUCCUACAUGGGCAAUGAAAUCUCUUACCCGCUAAAGCCCUUCUUAGUGGAAAGCUCUAAAGAGGCCUUUUGGGACCGAUGCCUGUCUGUCAUUGGACUAAUGAGCCCCAAGAUGCUGCGCAUCAAUGCAGACGCCCAGUAUUUCACGCAGAUCUUUGCUGAUCUGAAAGCUGAGGGCAUCCAAGAGGACAAGAACAGGCUGAUGAUUGGCUUGGAUCGGUGAACUCUAUGAACAGUCGGGGCUGGGAGGAUGUUUUAAGGUAUAAGAGACGAGCGUAUUCGAAGACUUGGUUCAGAGCAAUGCUCUGCUGGAAACUGGUCAUAGAACUGUGGCCCCUGGCAGGGUUUAACACUGGAAUUCUGGUUCGAUUUUUGAAAAACCCUUUUCAAGUCUUAGCCAGAAGUUGUUGUAGUGCUUGGCAGGUCUCAAGCAAGAAAAAGUUUACACGGUGCAAUGUUCUGCAGUCCUCUCUGUGCCGGAAUGCUCUGCAGGUCUGAAUAUAGGCGGCACUGGUGAGGUUUUGGUGGCAUGUAUAAAGAGACUUGGACAUUACUCUGUUUUUUCGAUAAUCCACCAUUCUCAUGUCUGCGCCUAUCAAAGAAAUCUCUGGCUCGGGCUUAAUUAACCUGAUGGUUAUUGUGCAAUCUCAUUAACCCUUAACGGGCACAGCUGAGGUGACGGAAGGCCAUGCAAUGCAUGACAGAAUUGCAAAUGGUUUUUCUUACUGGGUAUUAACUGCUUAGUGUAGAGACUGAAAUAAGUUAACUUUUUUUCUAGAUCCUCACAUUAGAGCUUAUUGAAGAUGCCCUUCUACGUUUCCCCCACUCCCAUCAUUGGAAGGGGUUUCCGCUUUCAACAUCUUUGUUCAUUGGCUUGUAUAAGAUUGGCGGAGGAGAAACUUUUUUUAUUUUUUUUUGGGGUUGUCUUUUUUUCCUGUUGCUGAGAUAAGGCGUAAGAUGCUCUGCAGCAGAGCCGACUAUUAUCCCAGGGCAAUAGAAAUGAAAACGUCUCUGCUCGACACCUAAAGCUAAAAGGCCAUGCGUUUAGUUAGAGGGAACCUAUCAGAUGGGUAUAUGAGAGCUGUGUUUGCUGACUUGUUUGCAGUUGCACGUUCCAGGGCUAUGAUCCUUACUCUUCUGUUCUGGAACAACCAUGCAUGUUGGGUGUCUGUUGCCCAAGUUAUAUGCUUGUUUCAAAAUCGGCACCUUGCCAAGUAGAAAAGGGAGGGUACUGCCGCAUACACACGACCGUUUAUAUGCUUGUUUCAAAAUCGGCACCUUGCCAAGUAGAAAAGGGAGAGUAAUGCCGCAUACACUGGACCGAUUUUAAUGACGUGAAAAACGGCCGUGUGUAGACUCCAGAACACUUUUCUCGACCAUAAAAAUGCCCGAAAAAAAUGUAGAACCUGCUCUGAUUUUUCACGUCGUGAAAAACGGUCGUGUGUACGCUUUAACGAGG